CUCCUUCUUUCUGAUCAGAGCAUACUAAGCAGCUUCUUGCCCUUGAUUAAAGCCUCUGCAGCUGAUUUUCAAAGAUUUGCCAAUGGUUCAACAGCCGCACAGCAUUUGAGGAACCUGGAGAAUGAGCUGCAGUCGAUGAUCGCUCUUUUGCGUAGACUACAAGCAAUAUUUAAUAUUGUAAGCUGGACAAAUAAAAUGUUAAUUACUAAAGUAGUAGUUGAAGUGUAUGAUUGAAAAUCAUUUUUUAAUGUUUUCUUACAUCAAUUUAGUGUACAGUAUAAAAAUAUCGAGUUAAAUUUUGCGCCCCGCUAUUACAAGUGAGUCUCACCUCGGCAUGAAUCGUUUGAAAAAAGGAAAUGUCUCAGCCAGAUAAAUAACGUAUCUUGUUUGUUCGAGGGUUCUACUACGAUGCUUAUACUGCAAAGACCCUCUGUUGCCAAUUGCCUUUGUCUAAAGGAUAAAUGCUGAAAAUUUUCUGAAAACACAAUCUCAGUUGCACUUUAAAGUUAGAUGAAAGAAAUACCAAACGCAUAUGAAUUAAGUGUCUCAUGACAAGAAUGUACCGUCUCAUUGCGAAUAAGACAAUAUUAUAAAUUAUUGCCUUUAUUUGGGGUCUCCAUUAUGUUACUUUCCAUUAGUUUCAUCAAAGACUUAAUGUUGAAAUAAAAAUUACGUUAUCCGUUCCACUGACAUAUAAACUAUCAUUAUUACAAUUGCAGGAAACAAAGACAACAACAAAUGUUUCAACUGUAACUGUAACCAGCGGAAAUCAGCUCCCACUAGGUAUGCCCAUGCGCACUUCCCAGGUCACCGUUCAUAACUCUACUCGAUCCUUAAAUGCUACCAUCGGUACACCCACAAUUCACCGCGUGGCACUUCGUGUUUCGGUUAUUCUUAAUGACUUGUACACAAGCCUUCUUCAAAUGGAUGUCGACUUUAACAAGAUGCGAAGGGUUGAUUGCUCUAAAAUUUAA